CCGCCCGCCGCCCCGGCCGCGCCCUCCCUCCUCUGAGUGGACCACUCUGCCCCCACGCGGCUUCCGGGAACCCUCACACCUGCUUUACUUAACCCCUUCGGAUGUCUGGGUGCCCCCAGCCACCGAUCCUGUUCCCACGACCCCAGUACCUCUGCCCCAUCUAGUCUCCACCUGUCCUGCCCUGCCGUCCUCAGAGCUGUCACCUGUAGGCCUCGCUCCUGCCCUCCCGUCCUCGGAGCUGUCAUCUCACCAAUGAGGAGACUUGGUCCAGCCACCCAGCCGGGCUCAGCUGUACAGGUACAGGAGGAUGGAGACACACUCAUCCCCUUUGCCAAGUGUUCCAGAGUCAUCAGCCGAUCCACAUCCCCCAGCCUGCCUCCCCAGCACCUCGGGCUGAUGCCCCAGCGUUACAGAGACAUCUUCUGGGAGAACCUUAGCCAGAGGCCCAGCCCCACCUGGACAGAGGAACAGUAUGCCCCACCCCUGCUGAGAGUCCCUGCUUGCUCCCAGCCUGGCCUGAACCCCCCUGAGGGGCUCCCACCCCCGGAGGUGCUUUGCAGAAGAAAGAGAAGGAGGCCCCAGGUGGCAGGAAUGCAGCAGGGACCUGGGUGCAUCCCAGCCCGGGUGAGGGCUGUCGCGUAUCACCUGGAGGAUCUGAGAAGGCGACAGAGGCUCAUCAAUGAUCCCCACAGAGAGAAGAAGGCCCAGUGGGGCGGUUCUGGGGCUGCCUGUGAGCCCCUGGCACUCGCUGAGGGCAGCAACAGAGUCCCCGGCACCUCCAAAUAUCAGGAUCUGGAAGAGGAGAGGGCUGCCUAUCCACAGGAAGAGGGCCACCCUCUCACCACUGGCAGGCCCCAGCUGGUCUGGUCACCCUGGAGCCCCCGGGGCCAGGGCGGGUCUUGCCUCCCGGGGCGGCUGGGCUCUCUGGCCUCCUGCACCGCUGUCACAGCCAGCAGGCAGCCCCUGUGCAACCCCUGGGGGACGGCAGUGCAGUCUGAGGAGUGAGGAUGCCCCAGAUGCCUCCGCGGCCCCCAGGCCCGCUCCCUGGCUCGGUGCUCCGCCCUGAGUUCCGGUAUUAAAAAGCAAGCAAGCCGAA